UCUGCAGUUACCGCCUACCGGCUCCGACAAUCCGACCGUUGACUCGGCCAAAACUCGUCUGUCCCCUGUACACUGUACAGGCGUCGUCUGACCUGCUUUAUUUUUCAAAGCUGAUUCCUAUUUAUGUCCGGUAGCCGCUUCACGAACAGUCAAAUUCCAAAAAACAAAAAGUCAAUUUUCCAAUGUUUUUAGUCAAUUUUCAUCAAAAUUAGAGUUGUAAAUAAGUCGACAUGGCCGAGGAGGAGUCAGAAUAUGAGUCGAUCAGGAGGAAAAACCUGGAAGAAUUUAAAUUGGAGUUUGAAAAGCAGUUUGGGAAGAUUGAAAAAAUUCCCCAAGAAGAGUUUAGUGUUUUGCCAAUUCCUAAAAAACCAAGAAAGUACAAAAAUGCUGUGGUUAGAUCUUCUCUACCAUGUCGUAUGUCCCUUAGAAAUAAAGCGGAAAGACCAAAUUUGUCACUGGAUGAAGCUGAGAAUAUAUUGGAGCACUGUGAAUACAAGCUUAACAAUACACGGAAAAGGAGGGCCAUGCCUGUAAUAAGUCUGAGACGCAUUCCAGUUCCUAAUAUGAAACUUCCUGAAGAAAUUACAGAAAGUGACAUAAAAAAUAUUUGCUAUAAAUCAGCUGGCAAGAAGUAUGAUACUGUUAAUGGGACAACUUGUCACCAGUGCAGGCAAAAAACAGCAGACACCAAAAGUAUUUGCAGAAGCCCACACUGUAAUGGUGUUCGAGGACAGUUUUGUGGGUUUUGCUUACUACAUCGAUAUGGUGAAGAUGUAGCUAUAGUCAUUAAAAAAGAGGAUUGGAGUUGUCCUCCUUGCCGCAACAUUUGCAACUGUUCAAUCUGCAGGACUAGAUUAGGGAAGAGGCCAACAGGAAUUCUUGCCCCUCUAGUUUUGAGUAAAGGUUAUUCUAAUGUGAAAGAUUUUCUGUUCGAAAAAGAACCCCUAGAUUCUGAUGACGAAGUUCAUUCAUCCAGUGAUGAAAGUGACUUUCUUGGUUUUUCUUGUAGUGAUGAUGAAUCAGAUUUUGAAGGAUUUUAAAUGUGUUUUGUUUAAAUGUGAUAGCGGAUUACAUUACAAUUUGAAAUGUUCUUGUUUUAUUCAUGAUAACACUACACACUUCCUAUUCAUUAAAACAAAAAUUUUAAAUACCAAAAAUACUCAUUCCAAUCAACCUGUCAACUAUUAUUUUUGUUGUUUGUGUUUUUAUUUUUUUAUAUUAAAAAUCAAUGUAGUUAUAUUAUGUAAAUAUUAAGUGAUCCGUGUUUCAAAAUUGAUUAUUAAUUUGUAAACGGAAAACUCUGUAAAUAUUUCAUUUUAAUUUGCCCCACCUAUGCUGUAAUUUCUGUCAACAUGAAUCUUUUUAAAAAUGUUUUUGGAUCAAAUCCCAUCACUUGUAUUAUAUUUUAGUGUU